GCGUACUGGUCACGUGACCAGUUAGCACAGCUGAGGAUGCUGAGGCUUGCCCGAUGUUAGCCUGAUGCUAGCUUGCUAGCUCCGCUAGCGUUGUCUGUUAAUCCCGUGAGAAACAAACGCUUCUUUUGGCGUUUCCAAAUACAACCACACAGGCCAACCGCGACACAAACGAUGGAGAAGUCGCAGCGAAUGUCAUUUAUGUUCCUUAGUCGUAACGGUGUUUGGUUCGCUGUCAAUGUCAUAGUUUGCAGCUAGGGCUGACCAGUUAGCUCCUGUAGUCUGCUGCAACACAAGAGCCAAGGCCGAGCGACAAAAGAGAGGCUUUUGGGUGGACAGAGAAGAGAAGCAAAUCAGGCUUUCGACCUUCUCAGACCUUCUUGAGAAGUUGUCUUCUCUAUUGUCUUCACUUGCAGAGCCAUGUCUUCAUCGGGGUGCUGCCACCUACCCGGCUCCCUCUGUGAUUACUCAGGGAACACUGAAUCCAACUCAUCUAAAGAUUCAGAGGAAUCUGAUUCCACUGCACAGGCCCAGUUUAUCGCCAAGGUUACGGCUAAAGAUGGCCGCCCGCUCUCCACCAUUGUUAAAGCUGUGAGCCUGCAAAGUGAUGUAGGCAUGUGCCGGAUUUGCCAUGAGGGAGGUGGAGGGGAGACGCUGCUCUCUCCAUGCGAAUGUACUGGAACGCUGGGCAAAGUGCACAAGAGCUGCUUGGAGAAAUGGCUGUCAUCUUCCAACACCAGCUACUGUGAACUCUGUCACACCGAGUUCACCAUUGAGCGGAGGCCACAACCCCUCACGCAGUGGCUGAAGGACCCGGGCCCCCGCAGCGAGAAGAGAACGCUGCUGUGCGACAUGGCCUGUUUUCUUCUCAUCACGCCCCUGGCAGCCAUCUCUGGCUGGCUGUGUCUGAGGGGUGCCCAGGACCACUUGCAGCUCAAGAGCAGACUGGAGGCCGUCGGCCUCAUUGCACUUACCAUCGCCCUCUUCACUAUCUACAUCCUCUGGACGCUGGUGUCCUUUCGGUAUCAUUGCCAGCUAUACUCAGAGUGGAGGAGAACCAAUCAGAAAGUGCGCCUGCUCAUGCCUGACAUGAAAGGCGCACACACCACCCAAAGUUCCGUACCGACCAAGUCGACAAAGAAAGUGACUGACGAGACCAUCGUAUGAGUGCAGAGCAGCGGCGAGGGAAAUAUUUAAAAUAAAGCCAGCCGAAGCACUCACUAAACAACAAAAAAAAUCAUAUUAAUGAACCUUUGCACUUCAGAUGGACCAUUCUGAGAAAGGGCGAGGACUGCUUUCUCCCUCUUGUUUUCUUGUAUUGAAGCACUUGAUGUAAACUUCAACAGUAUUGGCUGGCCACAAAUGUGGUUUUCAGACGAACUCGUGCCAGAGUCACAAUUGAUUUUGAUAAAGUCUCGUCUGUGGACAGCUGGUGCUGAGAAAUGAACAGCUGAACGUGAAGAUGGAUUUAGGACUUAAGGUAUGAAAUACUAAGACACAAGCUAUUGUAGCAGGAUAUAACUGACAAGCAUGCUACAGCAGUAUAUCAUAUUCACUACCUAGAAUUCCCCACAUGCACCUUCACUAUGUAUUUAGCUGUUUUGAAACAAGGGGCAAACUUAAACUUAAGCUUGGAAGAGUAUACUACUAACUUUCAGUAUGCUAAAUUUAAUCUAUUAGUAGAUAAUCUAUGCCCUGUAUCGCCUAAACACACAGUUGAGGUUUCACCUCGCAAGUUGUAUUUUUACUCUCCAGUUGAACCUCUGUGUUCCAGUAUGUGUUGAUUCUUUCUUGCUAUGUAUUUAAAAAAAAAAAAAAGGAAAACGUUGGGACAGCAAGGCCUUUACCACUUGAAUGUUUCCAUUUCUUAAGAGGUUUUAGGAUGGAAGAAACCAAAUGAGAGAUCAUUAUGUCCCAUUCAGUUUUAUGGUGUGAAACAGUAUGUCAUCUCUGUAGAUGCGAUUUUGAGACGUGAAUAGCGUCAGUUGUUGCUUAGGGGACGAGGUCAGGACUGCAGGCAGACACCCUCUUGUGUUUUUUUCCUACAGAUUUUGUAAACCUGUCCCAAACCCCAAACGUACUGUAUAUAUGACCGUCAAUAAGUAGUUUUCCAAUGCAUUGGUUGGUAAACUGUUACUCCUCCACCCUGGAUGUUUUGUACCAAACUUCCCCAAGCGCCUGUUCAGCAUAUUUUAUUUAACAUACUAAGGACUGUUUCUUGCCAUUAAUUGCCCACAUUACAACAUUUUGCUCACCUUACAGGUCCACAUGUUGAAUGGAUGUAUAUUCAUAAAUGUCAUGUUAAUACAAGUCUUAUUGACACCUACAACCAUUUAACAUUUUCCAAGUGAGACUUAACAUCUGGACUGCAAUUGUCUCAUGUAGAUAACACCAACUCCACCCAUUCCAACAGCACCGCAGUAAUACUGCAUCCAUGUACGUAAAGAGUACUUUUAACACUCGGGUGCACUUUGAGCUAUUGUCUUAAGAGAAUUAGCUGUGGUUUUACUUGUGUAAGCACCAUUCAUUAAAAUGAGCUACAUCGCAAAUACUGGUAAAAAAUGUCAGAUUUCAAAAAACUACCAGUGCUUACAGAUACCCGGUAAGGGUGCAACAAAGUAAUGUCAAUCAGUGUAAGCAGCAGCCAGUAUUUCUUGUCACCGUAGUCUUCCUGCUGCGUGGAAAGUUGGUUUAUUGUGCAAUAAAUUUGGAGGGACUCCCAGACUUGUCCAUGUGAAAA